CCGUGCGAAGCUCAAGCACGCAGUCACUAUGCAUAAGAGUAGUUGCGCGUCUGGAGAUUUGGCUUCUUGUGUAAACGUUGUUGCCACCGCCGUUGAGGAUAAGAAGACGUGCGCGACCGAUCACAACUUCCAUGCAGAUGUUCAGACAACUGGAAGAGCUACCAGGGAUCGCAAAGGGGUUUAACACGGAGGCAGCACUGGGGACAGGGGCAAGGGUGUGCAAACCAGGGAAGCACUUCGAGCUGUUGCCCGGGGGCACGGUGGUUCCCAUCGCACUCCCCCGACUUCAUUACAGAUCGCUGGAGGUGAAACUGCCGACCGCGGCGAUUGGGCGGAUGCCUUCAGCAAGAUGGCGAAGCAGAGGUUUACUUCCGAUGCAGACCACCACACGGCCUUCAGGGAUCUCAUUGUAGGAUUCCGCGCAGAAGCAAUUUCUCGGCAGGUUGAUGGUAUUAGCAUUGGCGCCCCGUCAUUCGGAGACUUCUUGGACGAGCUUGCGGGAUUGCGUGGUGGAGCGGCGGUCGGGUCAGAUUUGAUACCAGGCACCGUGUGGAAACAUGCUCCGCGUUGGUUCAAGAUAAGAUUGUAUGAGUUGUUGUUGAAACGCUUCAGGGACAUCCAUUGGGAGGAUACUACUUUGGCCUCAUGGGCUGAAUUCGAGCUUCUCGGGAUUCCGAAAUCACGUGACCAGAGAUCGUUCCAGGACUACAGGUGGCUAGGGAUUUUAACACACCUUUGCACCUGGUUCGACUCAGCCAUUUACUCUGCGACCUCCCGGACGAUCCGUGCACCGCGACGUUCCUGCAGUUAUGGCUACAAGGCGGGCACUUCGGCAGACGAUUGUUUUCUUUUGCAGUGUUGUAUGAGUGUUUGUGCUAUUCCCUUCGAUGGGAAGACUCUCCGCUCGUUCUUGGGGCACAGGACAUCCGGACAGCAUUCGAUACGGUUGAGCAUGUCGACAUGUUCAGUUGUCUGGCAAUGCGCAAAGCGACGCCCCACCAGGUUUUGGCCCUCGCGCGCAACUGCGACAAGUUGCGUGUGAAUCUUACGGUGCCCGGAGUCGCUUCCGCGAACCAGGUUCCGAUGACGAAGGCAAUGCGCACUGGAGGGAAAUGCGAGCCUCACGUGUUUGUACUUAUGUUGGACACGGCACUGGAGGAGUUAUCAGCCGAAUGGGAUACCAUGGGGCUCGGUUUCCAGAUGAAGGCCAGUGGCGAGAGGAUCGCAAACGUCAAUUGGGUAGACAAUGUAUUCAUAUUGGCAGCCGACUUGGAACAGUGGCGGUUUAUGACAAGAAGCAUGACAGUUCUGUUGCAACGCAAGUACGGGUGGGAAUGGAAGAGCAGCUCUUUGGAAGUCAUAUCGAAUCGUGUGGAUCUUCCCUCUGCAAGGGUUUCCGUCGACGGGACUCCGCAGAAUUUAACAUAUAAGCGUGUCGAUGCAAUGGAGGCGCUUGGCGGCAUGCUGUGCCCGUCUGACCCGACUCAUGUAUUAAUUUCGCAUCGCAUGCAGAAGGGCGACACAUGCCUCUUCAAGUAUUUGAAAGCAUUUCGUGGGAAGGCAUCUGUUGGCUUGAAGCUGGACGCUUACAUGUCAAUGCCUCGUGCGAGCGCAUUGUCUGUGUCGCCCAUCGUUCACUGGACAAGCGCGGCGCUGUGGGGCGCCAUCCGGUGGGAGAGGUCGACAUUGAGACGCGUGUUCCGGCUGCGUCCUAAGCCGGGUGCGGGGCGUCAGGCUUAUCUGCAUCGCACUGCCAGGAAGAUCGACCAUUGGAUGGAUGUGAAACGUAAGAAACCCGUACAUGUUUGCAUUAUUGAAAGAAUGUGCGUGUUUAUGUGGCGGGAAAGCACGACUGCGACCAUUCUCGGACGUAUCAGAACGGACCAGGAUAGACGAUGGUGGGAUGCAAUCAAAGACGCGCUCCUCGAAUGGCGCAGGCACUUGGGCUUUUCGGCGCACCCUCACCGCGGCAGGCAAAAUAACCAAGACGCAGUCUUCUUUGCAGCAUGGGGCCCAGGCUGGCGAGAUCGGUUCAACAUUUUUCGGGCGCGCGAAGAAUACAUGGCCGCGAAGGACUCCUUCGUGCAUGAUGCUUGCGCUUGCUUGGGUCUUCCCCAGGUGGCGCGGGGAACCCCGGUGGAAGCCGUCGGCGAGGAUCUUGCAGCCCAACCCGCCAAAUGUCAGAAGGUGCGGGGCCCGGCUGACCUGGCGCUGCCGGUUCUUUUGUGCCGCGACGAACUGUGGGACUUGGGGGCUGAGCGCGUGCAGUUGGAGUUUGUCGUCGACAACCUGACUUUGGCAGAAAUCGGUAAUGGUGUGACUCGUAUUACAAACAACAGGUAUCGUAACACAUUGGACUGUCUGCGACUUCGGCUUAAGACGCUAUAUUCUUCUGUAUUUGAAUACAAAGCCAAGUACCUCGAUCCAAUCGACUGGAGGCCCCGGGAACACAAUCAAGCUGCUGAUCACAUCGCUAAUUGCGUGCUCGCUGGAAGGGCCGACGUGGACACCUUGAGCUGCAAGGAUGUGGCAGAGCACUUGAAUGGCGCAGUGGCCUUGCAGCUGUUUUCGGAUGGCGGCUAUGUUCACGGAGUGGGGGCAGCAGCCUUCGUUGUUGUCGGCGUUUUCCAGUGUGACGCGGGCUUCCGCUCCAAGAUCAUUGGAGCUCGGGCGAGGUAUUUUCCGGAAUCGCAUUGCGCCUUUCAUAUGGAAGUUGAAGCGCUGGGGAUGGCGACGAAAUGCAUGAUCGACUUGGCGGAGAAGAUGGCGCGUCCGCCGAAGCGGGCUCGAGCUAUGUGAUUGCUUACUCCUUUUGCAACGCGAUAAGUGGCGCUUUGCACAAAA